AUGUUGCGGCGGCUUGAGGAGCGCGAUGAACCACCCGGCACUCCUCAACCAACCACGCUGCUGCAGCAACUCCACAAGGACUGUAGCGAGAAGCAGCUCUCCCCACAGCAGCAGCUGCAACUGCUACAAGUGCUCGCUAAGCUCCGAUACCAGCUGCAGCCGUCAGUUCCGCUGAGAAAUCUGCUGUCGGAGAUCUUCCAGCAGCUGCUGGCUGCAUGCGCGCGAAGAGCGGAGGCCUCUGACUCCUCUGCGGAGUCAUCCGCUGCUGCAGCAGAUCUUCCUGUCGCUGUCUCUGCUGCUCCAUAUGACGAAGAAGUAGCAGCAGCAACCGAAGAAGGCAGGACAGAUACAGCUCCUCCUUCGUGGGCUGCGGAGGUUCUUAUGUUGUGGGCUUGCUCCUGGCAGCUCCAGCAUCUCUGCAGCCGCUGGAUGCUGGUGCUUCCGUUGCUGUUGGUGCUGCUGCCGCUGGUGCUGCUGCUGCUGCUGCCGCUGCUGCCGUCUCUUCAGUUGCUUUCUUGUGCGACCGUACGUGGCGUCUGCUUCUGCCUAAUGCUGUCGGUGGGCCUGCUGGAAGACCCACGGCGCUGGCGCUCAUCCGCGUGGCUGCUGCUGCUACUGACUGCCGCUGGUGUCGCAACGAAGGAACUUACCCUCUUGAUGCUGCUGCUGGGGCGUAUGGGCCGGUGCAACGGAGCAUUUGCUGCGGAGGAGGCGCAACUAACCAAGCAGCAGCGCCUUCGCAACGACCGCGAGCGACGACUGCUAGUCUCCGCCUUGGGCGUCUUCUGCGAUAAAUCGGUGUCUUCAGCACGACAUGAUCCAUCUAUACUUCUGCUGCUGCUGGUGCUACUGCUGCUGUUGCUGCUACUGCUGCUGCUGCUGCUGCUGCUGCUGCGCCUUCUUCUGGAUGCUGGAAAUGAAGACGCGGCGACAGUAGACGUGUGCUAUAUGCGUGUGUUUGAUGGGGUGUACAUACAGCUGGAUGCUGGAAAUGAGGACGCGCCGACAGUAGACGCCAUUUGUACGGUGCUUCGUGCCGCUAUGCUGCAGAUCCCGCCGCAGCAGCAGCAGCAGCAGGGCACAACUGCAGCAGCAGAUUCCUCUCUCCCUGCUGCUGCUACUGUUGCUGUUACUGCUGCGUCGGCGGCGACCCGCCGCACCGGCAGCAGCAAACGAGAGGAGGCCUGGAAUGUUGCAAUGCUGCAGCCAGGCAGUCAAAUUCUUGGGGGACUGAAGACGGUAGAACUUACUCUUCGUCUCGAUUUCCCUCUUACUUACAGCCAGCUGAGUGACGCAACAUCAGUUUCAGGUACAGCGACAGCAGCAGUUGUCGAUGCCAUACCCUUUCUCGUGUGGCUCCGCACGCGGCUGUUUACUGUGGAACGCCUGUUGCUGGCCUUUAUUGAACAGUCUGCAUAUCUUCUUGGCGCUGCUGUUAUCUUCUCCGGCGCAGCUCUUGUCACCUGUGCUGCAGCAUUCUUUGCUGGAAAGUGGACGUGGAGGAUCAAUACGAGCGUCGUUACAGACCCCUCGUGGACUGCUGCAGCUGCCGUGCUGUGGACUUCUGGCCUGCUGUUGGCCUCUGCUGCUGUUGGCUGCUGCUGCUGCAUAGCGUCAGGCGUCAGUGACGUUAAACAUGCUCAUCCCGGUGCACCUCUGUUGCGCCUGCUGCUGCUUCUGCAGAAGGCCCCACCACAGCAGCCUUUGCUGCAGCAUUCCCUAUCGCAGCACUUGCUGCUGCAGGAUGACCGGAUAGCCAGGCGGAUUCCCAUGCGAACGGAUUAUGGAGGGCCCCUAUCCACUGCGCUUAGCAGACUCGCAAAGGCGUCUCGUGAUUAUGCGCUCGAAGCAGCCGAUGAAGAUUUCAGUUCUCUUCCGCCUGCUGUAACAAUCACGGAACUAGCAGAAGGCGCUCCGCCUGACGCCUUGGACUCCGAGUGUGCCGGUGCUUCUGCUGCUGCUGCUGGUGCUUCUGCUUACGUUACAGCAACACGUCCUGCUCUUGUGUCUGAGAAAGAAGGCAGAGAUACAGACCAGCACCAGCCAGCAGCAGCCUCCGAAGCAGACACAGCAGCGCGUGGACACGCAGCAGCACCCGAAGAAAAUGUAGCAGCAGAUGAAUACCGCCAGCACCUUCGACAAGAGCAGCUGCGGCUGCAGCAACAAGCAGGACAAGGGGGGCGAGUGCGCGGGGGUGAUUUCGAUAUACAAAUACCUUUGCGUCUAGAGACAAAGAGGCGCCUGCAGCACCUAGAAGCACUUGGCUGGUAA